UCGAUACGUUGACAGUUAAAUGUUACAGAUUUUAGGUUACUUUCUCUGCUCAGAGGUUCUUUUUGCGUUCAUCAAGCAUUGCCACGUAUCCAAAUUCUUUAAAAACUACAAGGUGCAAUCGUACUUCAAUCGAGAAAUUUCAAUAGAAUUAAUUAAUUAAAUAAAAUCCAUUUUAAUUUAAAGAAAAUAAAGGUGAAUCUUUUGAAAUGGACGCGAAGUCAGAUUCGUAUUCAAACGGAGAUAAGUUUGAUAAUACCGAUUCUACAAGUAAAUCCAAAAAUGAUUCGACAGAAGAUAUUAAUCUCUUGUUUCAUACAGUUCGUUUAACAGAAAAUUGUCUGCUGCCAUUAAAUGAAAAUAUAAAACAGAAUAGUAGUCUACAAAAUCAGAGUCUUUAUUCUAAAGAGGAUAAAGUAGAAGUUGAAUGUAAUUUAGUAUCGUUAAGAAAAGAUAACAAUCCAAAUGAAAGUAAUUCGUUAUUAAAUAGGAUCAGUAUUAAUAUGGAUGAAACAAGUGUACAUAUAAAUAGCAUUCCAAAUGAAAAAGAUGAAAAUUUAUCAUUAUCAAUGAAUAUUGAUCUUCCAAAUGAGAAAGUUUUUCAAGAAUUAUCUUCCAAUGAUUCAUUGUAUAUAGAUUAUUCGCAUAAAAAUAUGGAUAAGAUCUCUGGGACUGAAACAGGUACUAAUAACACGUAUGAAGAUAAUAUGUAUGAUAUUAAAUUAGAAACACCUAUAACCAAACAAUCGUUACUUACGAAUGUUGCACACGAUUCUUCAAUAAUAAAAGAUGUAGGUUCAGUGGAAUUAACAGAACCAAUAAAUAAAGAAAUUUUAACAAAUUUGCAAACUAAUAGUGAUGAUUCUAUAAAAAUAAUAGAAAUAAAUACAACGUCAACCGAAGAAUGUAACAAAGAUACGGAAUGUAUAAAUAAAGUACAUGUUUUACCCAAUUUACCAGAAAGUACAGAUAAAGGAUUUAAACAACAAACUAAAUUACAAUCGUCAGAAGUUUCAGUUCAGAAAGGAAAAGUAGAUCUUGCUUCCAUAUAUCGACCAACUCUGAACGACGAUAGUAAACUUGUAAGGAUACCACUGCCAAUAAAUCGAAUGAGUUUAGUGCAAUCUAAUGCACAUUUUAUAAAUAGAAGUCGAAAUUUUCUGAAUUUCAUCACAGAAAAAUCCACAAAUAUCAUGGAGAAAGCAUUGUUACCGCAACAUCUAACUAUGAAAUAUACCUCAGGAUAUACAAAUAGUAACGAGAAAAAGAAUAUAGAUGGACCUUCUGCAAAAAAGGAGUUAUCACCAAAAUAUUUAGUGCCUCCCAAAGAAUGUGAUACAAUAACAAAAAUCGUAAAUCCACCAGUUGUAUCUAUAAUAGAACAGAACAAAAUUUGUGAACAAAAAGAUCUAUUGAACGAAAACAAUUCAAAAUAUGAGGUUCCUUCGAUGUUUAACUCAUCUUCUGCUGACUCAAUUGAUGGUACAUUAACAAGUAUUAAAAAUAAUUGCAAGUUUACUAAUUCUGAAGAACAUAUUACAACCCAAACAACAGAAGCUUUAAUGACAACAGAUGGUGAAAUAUCGCAAGAAAAUUCAGCAGACUGUCAAACUCACUCAAUUAAUAAUGAAAGUUCUUAUGAAACGAAUUUAUUACAACAUCCUAUAUAUUUAACACUACUGAAAGAUUAUGCUAAAUUAAAAGAUAAUAAUACAAAAUUAUUAGAGAAAGUAGAAGUCUUAGAAGAAAAAAAUAACACAUUGGAAGCAGAGAAAAGUGGAGAACCUUAUAAAAUACAAAUUGAAACAUUAGAAAAAACUGUAGAUAAAUUAACAUUUGAAUUGCGCGCAUCAUUAGCUACACAGGAUAUAUUGAAAAGGGAACAUUCUGCUGCUAAUAAAGAAAUGGAAUCUAUGGUAAUAAAGUAUGCAGUCAGUGAAAAACAAUUGAUUGAUACACAAAGGGCAAGGGAAUAUGCAGAACGUAAAUUGAAAGAUAUUACAAAAGAGCAAGAACUCUUGCAGAAUAAAUUACGGCAGGCUCAAGGAGAGAGAACUAGAAUAUGUAAUAUAUUGGAUGGUAAAUGUCGUGAAGUAGGUGACCUUCAGAAAGAAGUUGAAAGACUUAAUGGAGAUGUACAGAUGAAAGAAGUGAAACUCAAGUGGUCACAAAGUAAAUUAAAAACGGAAAUGGAAUUACAAAAAGAAACACAGCAAAAACUUGAUAAAGCUUUGAGUAGAAUUAAUGAAAUGAAAGAGGAGUGUGAACAAGUACGUAAAGAAACACAGGAAACUAUUAGAAAAUUUCAAUUGUCUGAAGAAAAUAAAGCUAUAACGUUAGAUCAGCAGCUUAAAGAACAACAAGCACGUUUAAUUUUAGAAAGAUAUGUAACUGAAGACAAGGAAAUGCUAUGCUUACAGUUACAAAAAGAAGUUGAAACAUUAUUGCACAGACAACAAGUGUUAAUUGAAGAGAACAAUGUACUUGGUAUAAAAAUACAAGACUAUGAAAAAAGGCAGCAAGAAUACGAAGAUACUCUUAAUAAUUUAAAGAUUCUAGCGGAUCAACGACAAACGGAAAUUAUUGAUUUAUCGCAAAGAGUUUCACAAAUCGAAGUAUUGAAAUUCCAAUUACAAGAAGCAGAGAAGAGUCUAACAUCAACGAUAGCUGAAUCAGAAAAAUUGCAUUUAACAAAUAAUGAAUUGGAAUCUGAUAUGCAUGCAUGUCGUUUACGCGAGGCCGCUAUGUUAGAUUUUACACAAAAGUUAACAGAUAAAAACGUAUCUCUCCAAUCAGAGUUUACUGCACUUGAAACAAAAACUAAACAGCUCGAAGAAGAACAAGGUCCGCUUCGUGAUCAAGUGAAUGAAUUGAAAAACAAAAUUAAAUUGCUUGAAGACAAUGUAAUAUUCGAACAAAAAAGAAGAUUAGAAGAAUGUGAAAUUUUAGCAAAACACGUGGCAGAACAAACGCAACUUGUUCAAAACUUAACACAAAAGUUAGAAGAUAGUCAAGGGGAAAAUGUAGUACUUAAGAGAAAACAACAAAGAAAUAUGAAAGAAAUAAUGCGAGAAUUACAGCAAUGUCGAAAAAAAUUGGAGGCGUUUCAAUUAUCUUCACCUAGUAAUUCGAUGAAUGUUGCAUCAAGGACUGGUUCAAACACAUCCCUAAAUACAGGCGAAGCAGUGAAUGGUGCCUUAUCCGAUAACAGUACCAAUGGUGAAAAUUAUAUUCAUUCACUCGAACCAGCUAAAAAAUUAUUAAUGGAUCGUAUUGUGAUGUUACAAAAUGAUAAUGCAAAAAAAUUAGAAAAAAUUGAUUUCUUGGAAGAACAUACACGAACGUUGGUCGAAGAAAUACAGAAGAAAACAAAGAUAAUACAACAUUAUAUUUUACAUGAGAAUUCUGGUGCCAUGGGUAGUAACGAAAGAGAUAGAUACAAGCAUAUCAAAAGCAGGAAAAAUACUGCAGAAUUAGCAAAGAAUGGAGGUAUAAUGGCAUCUGUUUACAAUCAAAAAGUUUCAGAUGAAAACAUGACUUUAAAACUUUCUUUAGAAAUGAAUCAAAAAUUAUACGCCGUCGUGGAAGAUACGUUAUUCAAAAAUAUGGCUUUGAAGGAUAGUAUUAAUACUUUAGGUGCAGAAAUAGCAAAGUUAACAAUACAAAAUCAACAAAGACAAUUGACGAAUUAGAAAUAUUGCCAUAUAUCAUUUUUUUUAUUUAAUUAAUAAUUAGAUUUUGAAAACAUAAAGUUUUGUGUUUUCAUUAUUAUUUCUGAAUUUGCUGAAUGAUGAGUUCGAACAAAUAUGAAUUGACGAUUGCUGCUAUAUUUGAAAAGCAUGAAAAGCUUAAAAUUUAAUAUAUAAAUUUUGUAAGAAUGAGAAUUACUUAUAACAUUAUUUUAAGCAAACAGAAACUUAAUGCAUCAUUGGAUCAUUUUAUUGUAAUAAGUUUAUUUUUAUAUAGUUAAUUCUUUUUUUAAACGUCCAAGAAACGAGAAGAAAAAACGAAAAAUCUUAAAAAUGUAAAAACUUUAUGUCACAACCUAUAUAUCUAGAAUGAAAAAAUUAUCUAGUCCUUUUAAUCGAAACAAAUUAUAAUCCAAAGCUAAGUCCAUUGCAGUUUUAAAUACCAUUAUUAACAAAUUUUCUUUUAUAUAAAAAAUCAAUUUAUCAUCUAGUCACAUUAUAUCUUAACUUAACAUAAUUACUUUGAUCAAAGAACAAAUGAAAUAAAUGAUAUCCAUAAUUUGUAUUUACAUUUUCUAUAUGAUAUAUAUUGCAGAUUCCUUUUUAUAAGUUCGACGAAAAUAUUUUAUCAUCAUAUUCUUUAUAAUUUUACUAUUACAUAUAUCAUGAAAUUUUGAUCAAUUUUAUUUUAUUACUUUAAGAAUAUGAUUACAAUCAUAUAAGAUUGUGAAAUUUGUUAAUAACUGAUAAAGUAGUAGAAUAUUUUUUUAAGUCCUGUACAUAAUACUUAACUUGUAUAUAUUAAGCGCGCAAGCUUGUACCAAAGUGUAUUAAUUAAAAAAAAAGUACAUUGUAUAUCGUAAUUAAAGUAUUAUUAAAACCAUCUGUAGACACAAAAACA